AUGGAACUCGCUACUUACAAAAUUGUGGAUCAGUCGGAACAAAACAGCAAGAGAAGCGGCGUAUUUAUGAAGUACAAGAUCAUCGCUAUCACAGCUGUAGUUUUGCUAGUUGUUGUAACUGCUUUGGUUCUCUUAGCAGCCUUCCUUGGUCCUGGUCGUAAAAAGUUCACUUCGGUGGACUGUAGUGAAAACACUGGUGAGACGCAAGCAUCUGCUAAGUCAGGUGAGGUUCAGUGCCUUUGAUAAUUGUAUCAGCUUCGGUCAGGCCAGUGACCAAGGUGGCUCGGUUGACCGAGGUGUCACUUAAUAUUAUAAGUUACCGAUAAAAUCUGCUAAGCGUCUUUUAAAUAAGUGUUAUUUACGUUUUCGCAUUACUGCCUUCAUCAGAGAUCCUUUUUGCUUAAAACAAUUCAGUUUUGUUCGUUCAUACGGAGGGCGAACGAAGUCAAGCCCUUGAAAGCGGCUUCUGCCACAACCGAGAUGUCGGUCAUACAAACAGUUCCCAACUACGAAUGCCUCUCCGUUGAAAGACGUCGCUUUUAGCAACAUUUAUCGGUGUAUUUUGUUGUUUAUCGUCAAAAUUUUUUUGGAUCAUGACAGACCGUACAGUGAGACUAUAAAUCGUGUUCGAACAUAGUUGAGUGACGUUGGAUCAAAACAAAUCGUGGUCAGUCAAAGAAUAAACAAACAGUCCUGACACAUGGCCCUGCGAGGACUUACUUGUUAUAAGGAUUGCUUUGGUUCCGGGAAAUGCCGGGGAAAUGCGCCUCUGUAAUGUGCCUCAGGUUUUGUCAUCAGUUCAUUUAGGGACUUGUGCCAGUACAGUUUGUGUUUUGGAUAUCGAAUAGCACUAAGUUGGUGAUAGCGACAAGGAAAAACAUAAGCUUUAGUUCAUGUUAUUUCUUUCGUGGAGUCCAUGACUUACACGAUUACCCCAGAAGGGGGAGGGAAUAGGUUCUUGGAAAAUUCGGAUAGGAUAUUUUACUAACGAAAGAACGAACAAACGAAAGAGUGAGUGAGGUUAUAAACUAAUUAUAAGGAAAGCAUAAGUACCGUAUUUAUUCGAUUAACCGCCCUGGGCGCUUAUUAAAUUUUUGGACCUUGAGGGUGGGCGCUUAUUCGAGGCUGGGCGCUUAUUAAAAUGUCACCAUUGUCAGCAAGUGCAGUAUGUUUAUUUUGCAAUAAAUGGUAAUAACAAAACGUGAAGAUGUAACAAAGCAAGGUUCUUGUAAACCAAUUGUGUAAACUACUCUGAAGAAAAUUCCGUCUUCGGGGAAGUCUCUUCUGAAUAUUAGUACUUAUUCAAUUUUGGGGCUGGGGGGUGGGAGCGGGAAGGCGGGGGGGGUGAGGGUGGGCGCUGUUUGCGUUUGAGUGGGAGGGGAGGGGGAGGGGUGUAGGUGGGCGCUUAUUUACUUUUUCUACCUAUAGGAUGGGCCGCUUAUUCGAGGUGGACGCUAAUUCGAGGUUGGGUGCUUAUUCGAAUAAAUACGGUAUGAGAGUUUCUUACUCGCUAGGCACUGGUUCAACCAUGCGGAUCCUUGUGUUCAUGCCUGGGUAAACACAAGGUUGAUGUGGUGUAUGAUGCCCCCCGGGGGGGUACUCCGGAUUACAAGUGAGGCGUGUGAUAGAAGUAUUUCUUGAACGUUAAGUGGGAAAUUAAUUAAUUUAAAGAUCUUUAAAGUAUUUUCCCGUGACGUCUGUCAAUAGAUACUGUUUGAAGCUGGUGGAGCUGGGUUUAUAUCGGGAAUUCAAAGAUAUAUUUGAGGAAAAUUGGACAUAAUUAUUGGUUGCUGCUGUUAUUAACUUUCCGUCCUCCUUUUCCCUGCAAGUUUUGUUGUUGUUGUUGUUGUUGUUGUUGUUUGGUUUGGUUUGGUUUCGUCCGAACGGGAAAUUCAUUGCACGACAUCUCUGACAUCUCUUCGUAACUGGAUUUGUCCAAAACACUCUUACAGACGCAAGCCUUCUGGUCAUACCUCCGUCCGCAAGCCUUAACCCACAAUGCAUCCACCAGCAUACUGGUUAUCAAGCCUUUUAAAGGAGCUGUGUCACGAAAUUCAGCCAAAUUAGGAAAUUACAAAAUGCCUGUUAAAUUAAGAAAAACAUAAAAAUAACUGCUUAAAACUUUAAAGGAAGGUUAAAAUAACAUAACAGAAACAACAUAUGCCACGGAUGGGCAAAACUGAAGAAGAUUGAAACGGAUUGAAAUUAGGGUUUUUGAAAACUGUUCAGCCUAACAGUUUUUCAAAGUUGAUCCCUGCUACUUGCAACUUUAAAAAUAAUGCUCAGGAGACAUAUUUGUUUGUCUCGGAUCUCUGAUUUUGUUAUUUACAUGUAAUUUCUUUACUUACUUUAAGUUUCACAGCGAUUGAGGGCGAGCAUUGACAAAAUUAAACAAAAUGAACUGGACUGCCGUGACACAGCCCCUUUAACUUCCCCAAGUUUGCAUUGCAGGUGACGAGACCACUCAGCUGUCAUGUGACGUGGCCAUAGUCGGUGGAGGUGUUUCCGGUCUGUAUGUAGCCGAAAGUCUCCUCAGACUCCAGAAAGAGACUGAUGUUUGUUUGUUUGAAAGAAGUGAUCGCUUUGGUGGACGAAUACAUGAUUACUCGUUUCAACGAAUGCCUGGUGUGCCAGUCAGUAAGUAGUUUUGCAAAUGACAUUAAGACGGAAUCGACCAGGAAAUUGAGUAUAUGUAAUUUUCAGUGAACAAAAACCUUGUAUCAGAAUAAUUUAAAGAACAUUGCAUUCUGUUUUUACAGUUUUCAAGGGCUGAAGAUGUCAUUAGUCAUCUGUAAUAACACCAAAGAAAAUUUCUCAUGGGAGUCCGAGCAAACGAAUGUCAAAUUUCACAAGAAUUGUGAAAACACAGGUAAAAUUUUGAAAAUUUAAUGUGUAAGAUGUAAUUUUGUGAAAUUUGACAUUGAUUUUAUCGGGCCUCCAUAAAAAAAUUUUUUUGGUGUUACUACAGAUAGAUGACCAAUUAAAUCUUCAGCUCUUGAAGAAUGUACAAACGAAUGCAAGAUGCCUUAAAUUAUUCUGGUACAAGAUUUCUGUCCUCUGAAAAUUAAAAUACUCAAUUUCCUGGGUGAUUCCGUCUUAAAUAUUUCCGGUUUGGAAAUUUUUGUGCACUGCACUAAGUUUCAAAUAGGACUUGAGUUUACAUUAGACAGUCCCUUUAAUAGACAAGAAUUAUUAGUCCUUUUGUGGGUGACCAAUCCAUCCUCCGAAACUUCGGUCGCUCCACUAACCAAGCAGCUAUAUGUCAUUGGAUUCAUUUGUGGUAAACCUUUUGUAAAGAGUCUAUCUGCGUGAGAGAAUUUCAUUAAGGAAACCUGUUUUGCUAUCACCUAAGACGACGGAACUCGGAAGAACGACUUCAAUAUCUCGCGCGAGUGUCCGAUUGGUCCACUUUGGUAUAGCAGUUUCAAGUUCCGCCCUCAUCUCAAACUGGAGGAUUUACUCGAAGGUCCCGAGUUCAACAUUUCCAGUUCCGUUUUUCGAAAAAGCCAGUUGCGUUAUUUUACUGUCCUUCUAUUUUAUUAGCAUAUUUGCUUAGCAAAACUAGACGCUAUUGAGGGGUUAUAUAGCGGGGGAGAGGGGGUGGGUUCCCUUAUUUGGCUUAAAAAUGCAUGUGCCGUUAAAAAAACAGUGUAAAUAGACAAUUUCAUAUAGUUAAGCGUCUUAAACAUGGUGGCGUUUUGGACCGGAAUCGACUAAGAGAGGGUGAAGGUUGGCGAUGAGCGGUCACAUGAUGCUGUUAUAAAACUUACUUGAUUGUGUACUGACACUAAUUGAAUCGGGGUUAUGAUAGGAGGUAUCCUCCUUAAACAGAGUACAUGUAGCUAUUUUAGCCUUUUCUCCUGUUUGUGUACUUCAAGGUCUGGGCGCGUGGCGAGUGGAAGAAACCCACUCACAUGUUUGGUAAGUAACAUUCCAUUAUUACUGCUGCAGCUACUCGAAAACAAGCGAUUCUUUUCAUUAUAUCAGCUCCUUGCAUAUCACGUAAAAAUUAUUCGUAUUUGUUAGAAAACGGACAGCCUCUCCGUUUUUCAGUGGCUACCGCAGGAUUAUUGAUCUCAGUUUCUCUUUCUCACUUCCCCCAAGAAAUUCUCUAACUCCACCAGUUUUGUUUUGUUUUGCUUUGUUUUUUUGUUUGUUUUCUGUUGCCGCUGCAGUUGUUGUUUGUUUUUUUCGUUUCCGAUUUAGAUUAGAGUCGAGGAUCGCGCGAGGACGACUACGAGGACUAGUUUGACUUUUUCUCGCGUAUUCGCGAACAAUAGUCAACCCCGGAAAGCUUUAUUUCCUUCUUUUACCAGAUACAUUAUGUUGCCCAGUAUCCGGACGGUACCAGUAUCCGGACACUUGAAACAAAAACUCAAUUUUGAGGCGCCCUUUUCAGUUCUCGGUUAACGAAGUAUUUCAAAUGAAAGCUGAACAUUUCAGCUUUAAGAUGAAAGUUUUGGCGUUUUGAAAGCUUGCGAAAGAGUCGCAGAAGACGCCGUUCUGUUCAGGUCAGUAAACUUUACAUGGCUAAUAUUUACGCUGUUUACUGCGCAGUAAAAUUAGUGCUGCUCAGAAAAGGGAGGGUAAAUGUGUGAUAUUUUCAAAGAAACUGUUUUAUUUUUAAAGUGAAGAUACUUAAGGAAGUCAGGUUUUCAGAAAGUUUAUUAAUUCUUCUUGAAAUUCGAUUUGUUUGGAAUAACGGAGGCCAGAAACAUUCACUAAGUAUUGAUGUCAGGUGCCCAGUAUCCGGACAGUUUUUCAUUUGCUGUACAGAAUCGAUGAAUUAGCUGUGUACAUUAUCCGGAUAAGAUUUAUUUCAUAUCAGUAACUAUAAUUAAAGCUUAGGAUAUAUGAUAUAGUCGUAAAAUGUAAUUCUACUCAACUCCGUAUGGAAAUUUUCUUCACUCAUUCAGAGGCGACUUGAUUUCGUGUGCACGGCUUGUUUCGCGUGACUGCAUUUUCUAUAUAUAACCGAAAGCGUCUGAGUUGAACCUGGAAUUCUCAUACUUUCCCCAGUUGUGACUGCUAGAAUGGGGUUGCAACUGUCUGAGAAAUGUCACAAAGGGAUUGAGAGAUGUGAAAGAAGGAGGAAUUAGUGCUAGAAAAGCAGGCUUAUUGUUGGGUCUGAGCAUGGAGAAAUCAACCAAUGCAGGUCAGACUAAAUAGGAGAGUGACCUUUGACCGUUCGAUCAAGGUCCCUUCCCCGAGCUUUUUUUUUAAAUAAAAAAUGAAGAAAAAAAGUCGUUUGCAGAUUGGCUAAUUGAGCUUACAAACUGCGGCCUCGGCAUGUCCACGGAUGCCUUCCUUAAACCAGUGAAAAAGUUCCCAGACAAGGAAGUGAGAAUUAUACCAUUUUUAAAACAGCCGCUCGCGUUCCCCACCAUUACCCAGUCAUUUGUUAUGUUUUAUUUCACGAUGCUAGGUUAUAUUUUUGGAAUCGAUUGUCAGUCUACUUUGCAAGUGCAAGAGAAACUUAUAAGUCGCUUGCCCGUCGAAAUUUAUGUACAAGUACUUUGUUAUUGUUAUGUCCGGAUACUGGGCAACAUAGGAGCUCUGCAAAAAUAUUAAUUUUGCGAUGGAAACAAGGGCGAAAAAGUUAAACUGUCUUUCGUCAUAUUAAGGACUAAAUAGAUUUUCUCUGGGCCAAAUUUCAGAGCUCUUGCGAUUAACAAAGGAAAGUUAUUGCAAUCUUAAACUGAAGUAUCCGGAUACUGAGAAACAUACUGAUGAAAAUUGUAACAUUUGAUGACUUGUUUUCGCAGUGAGGACAAUUUACAGUAAUUAUAACCCGGAAUACAUGACGACGGCUUUGGUCCACGCGCGCGCUCUGCUUAGUUAAAGAAAAUCAACAAUAAUAACAACAACAAAUAUUGGUGAAAACUGGAUAAUUAUAUAACUAAUUACAUUACUUCCCCACCCGUAAAUAGCUUAUGAACUAAUCGAGGCGGGGGAAGCUGAAGACAUAUUACAAGUACAAGGUUUACCAUACAAUUAGUACAACUUGAACUGACAUAAAACAAGGCAAGUACCUCGUAGUGGUCCUCGCGCGUCUUAAUAGAAUCUAAAGGCCUCUAUUGAUGUUUUCUGCCUUUCUUAUUUAGGGACCUGCUUAAACGUUUUGGCAUAUCAGUCAGCUAUCUUGCUAAAGACCAUCACAACAGACUAGAGGCGCGGGGAAUUUUUGCCACUGACUCACUAAGCCUUAAAGAAGAAGCAUUUCCUUCUCUGAACCAAGGACCAUUUCAGAAUGCAACCUAUGAACAGAUGAUGGGGUACUUACUUGGUAAGCGGGAAAAAGCAAACGAUUUUGCUAGCUUUUAUGACUUUAUUACGGAGUAUCUUACACCAGAAGGUUUCCAGUUAUUUGCACACGUCAAUGGAUGGCUACCGAACUAUUACAAUCCACCUGAUGCUAGAAGUAUUGUUGACUUAUUGUUAAUGUAUGCUCGCUUUAAGAAUUUCUCGAGACCAGAUAGCGGAUUAUCAGCAAUAACACGAGCUUUAGAACUGUCUGCUACGGAACUCGGUGCAAAACUUUACAAAAACGAAAAAAUUAAAUUCAUGGAAGAGUAUCGUGAGGAUCAGUUUAAGCUGAUAACAACAAAUUAUGCUGUAAGUGCCAAGAAACUGGUUCUUGCAGUACCCCCACAACCGAUGAAUCAACUCAAGGGCUCUGUUGCCGAGAAAAUUAAAAACGACUCCAUCUUUCAGUCUGUUGGAAUCUCUUUGGCAUUUAAGGGGUUCGCAGUGUUUGAAGAGGCUUGGUGGCAAUAUAAUUCUACCGGAAGUCGUUAUUUGGCAGAUGAGCAACCGAUGGUGUCUACCAGUGACUGUUUAGGGUCUAUAUUCCCGUACAAGUAAGUAAAAGUUAGAGUAUUAUUCAGCACAAUUGCCAUACUUCAAGUGUACUGACCAAACGUAUACAGUACCUUUAUUAAGAAACUCAGACCAUGCCAUAGUACCCUCAUCCAAACUAGGAGUCACAGUCCCGUAAUGCAGUCUGACAUGGCCGCCAAUAUGUAUAUUUCAGUGGUUCUAUCUACUAACACCGUAACGUAAAACGUUAUCCUAUGUAUUAGCUGAUCUUCAUGAGAGGUCCCAAAGCUAUCAAGGGCUUAAUAUCCGCCCCAAUAUCUCUCAUCUUGAGGACUAUAUAUUUUUUUUCAAUUUAUCAAUCAAUGAAAAUGACUGCAAAAUAUCAGCAAACGAGGAGACUCAGUAUUAAAAAAAAUACCACCUAAAAAAACUACCUCCGACUUAGAGCUGGAUUUCGAGCCCUUUCAGUUUUCGAGACAAUCAAAAGCUGUCGUGAAGAGUCAUCGGUCCAAAAUUCUAUCGCUAAGAUGAUGGAUUCAAUCCAGACCCAAACUCGCCUGACUGGCAGACCACACGUUGUCAGGAUGUGCAAGACUUCAAAACUGGAAAGAAAAAAAUAAGCAAAAUAAAAACGUAACCGGAUGAAGUCAAUGUCUUUGUAGUUGUUGUCUCAUAAGAAUGAAAGGCUUAGUUGCGAACGGCAAUCUUAAUUAAUGUGUAUCUAGUGUUUAUGUUCUUUAAAAGAGUGGGUCGGUUCCCCGAAGAACUGCAAAGUAACUGUGAAUCGCUCAAAACGUAGGGGAAUUCCAGCCCAAACUGUUAGUCACCUCCAAGUAAACCUAAUUUUGUUUGGAAAGCCCGAUGAAGUACUUGAACGAGUCUUUUUAUGUGUUACCUGUUUAAUACGAUAGGCUGAUUUAGCAACAGAACCGGAACGUCAGUUGACAACUGCGCGCGCAAAUCAAACAACUGGCUUGGCCAAUGGCAGAGCGGCAAAUUGGGAACCGGAAGUCGUGUUUAGUCCUUUCCGCGCGCUUUCCCGUCGCCAACUGACGUUCCCGUCCUGUUGCUAAAUCAGCGUGAUAAUUCGCAGGCGACGUGGUCCCAAAGGUGAAGCGUUACUGCAGAUGGCUUAUGCAAACGUGCAUUGUGCUGCCAGAUGGGGAGAACUAUUGAAGAUUUCUAAACAGAGCGUGGAUCACCAGAUUCUCAGAGCCUUAACGACAUUGUUUCCCGGAGUUAAUAUUCCCAAGCCUUUGGAAACGGUUUACGUGUAUUGGGAAGAAGGCGCCGUGUAAGUGAAUCUAUACAAUCUACUGUAUACUACACGGCUACAAAGUUAAUAAGCUACUGAAGGGGGGCCCAACGUCUUUUUUUUCUGUAAAAUACGUGCUCGAAAGAAGUCGAUAAGGGCUAACUGUUAUACCGGUACGAGAUAUGUAUCUUUUCGAUUCGAAGGUUGUGUUUUUCACAUUUUUUUUUUACCAAGAUAUAAUUGCUUUAACUGUACAAAAAAGAUGAUCGUUGGAAAAAUUUCGAUACGAAAAAACGUCCCCUAGAAUUUUCUAAUGGAAGUACGGCUGCUGCUAGGGUUUUCCACAAGUUGCUCGGCAACGUUUUAAGCAACUUCUCGUAUUUCGAGCAACUUUUCGCAUUCUGAGCAAUUUCUCUAUAGUUUUCUAGCAAUUCUGAGAUAUCGGAAAAGCCUUAAGUGCUUAAAUUGGCCUUUCUUAAACAUUUCACAGUGUUUUAGUAGACAAUUUUUGAAUUUCCCAUGAAAAAGGAGCCAGAUCCUCCUCUCUGGGGCAGAUCAUGGGCGCAAGAUGCAUGCAGGCGGGCUUCUAGGUCAGUGGUGUUUAAAAGAAAAUUCAAAAUGGAAGACGAAGCCUGUCUCAGGGGAAGAAGGUCAUUCAACAAUUUUAUUGGCUCAUACUAAAAUUUUGGUAUGGAAAGGGCCCAUGACUAUGAGGCCAUGGGCUCCUGACAUUGAUGCGUACAGUAUGUGUUCCCUGGUCCGGACGAAAAAGACGUGAAUGAGUAUUUCUUAUCUUAGAAGAAGAGUAGUGUGCUUAAAUUGUCCUGUAAGUUGCCGUAACAUUUUACUAACUUGUGAAAAACCGACAGCUUCUGAGCUUUGCCGAAAAUCCUGCAUCAUAGAAAAUGACCGCUCCGUUUGAAGUCCCUAGGUCCUGCCAGUGGUUCCUUGGUUCCUUUGGCCACUUGUAUCCCGGCAUGCAAACUGUGAGCAAAAAGAAACGUUCCAAGCACCAACUGAUCUAAAUUCCUGUUUAUUUUCUAAAGGCAUCAUUAUAACUUCGAAACCAAAAUGAGAUUUCUGUGUAAAGAGCUAUAGUUUGGUAUCAUGCAGAAUUAUUAAUAGUUUCGCUUCCGUGCGAAAGUGUGUCGUGCAGUUAAUUACGAUGCAACGGCAGCGAAAUCGCCACUAUUUAAAUAAAUUCGAUCAAGUUUAGAGGGAAAGAAAAAUUUAUUUGACCACUCCAGAAAAUACCAUAACAUACCAUAAUGCUCUUUGUUUGUCGCCCCCAAAUUUUGCAUAAGCAUUGUCAUUAGUUUCUCUUGGAAGUUAAAAUGGUCCCAAGAGAAACUGAAAACAAUGCUAAUGCAAAAUUUUGGGGUGACAAACAAAGAGCAUUAUGGCAUGUUAUGGUAUUUCUGGAGUGGUCAAUUUGUCGUCGCUUGUCAAAAAAAAACUUCCUUCAGGAAAUUUCGUGCAGGAACGGCAAAGAAAUCCGAUCGAAAAGCGUGCGUCAUCUUGCACGUGCAGUCAAGGCAGAGUAAUGUUUUGCUUGUUAAAACCCAAGGCUUGAAUUUUGCUAAAGCUCCUUAAUGAAACCAAUCGGACGGAUAAAGCUCCCUUUUUAUGGCCUCCUUGAUCAUUACUUGAUUAAUCAAGUGCAGUGCUACUGGGAAAGUCUCGAAAAAUAUAUUUAACUUGAACGCUGCAUGCGGUUUCUAUUAUUUACUUAAUGCACUCAUUGAUGCUUUACUUAAAAUGUGACUCAAAGUUGAAAGAUCCUCACUUCAAUUCAUAAAGUCUUAAUUUACUAAGAACUAAACGAAAUGAAAACUGAACUUUCUAUUCUCUCCCUUUUCAAUCACUGUUUGGCUGGUUUAUGUUAUCGUCCAGUGGCCGGCCGGGACCAAGGACCUAGUACGCAAAAUUUGCUUUGGAAUAUUAUACCACAACUUUGGUUUUAAAAUUCAACUUUGUCAAUUGCAAGUAAUCUAUUCGCUAAAGUUAAGUUCAACAGACAUGUAACUGGCAAUAUUAAUGAUAAGAACUUGCCAGCCGUGAAACAGCCUUGUUAAACUUUAUUACACCUCUUUGCACUCUAGCUAAUUCCAUGGGCUUAUUAAGACAUGAUCAUUAUAUCUGGGCUAUUCUAGAUGCUUUGAUUUCUUUGCUCCUGGGAACCCCUGCAGUUACAGCUGCUGUCCGCUGCCACAAACUAAGGCCUUAAAUUACUUUCAUUUGCUUAAUGUGUACUUAUUGCUUGUGAGAAAGGGAUUAUUGUGAUCUUCUCUACAGGCACAGACAGAACGCAGGAACACAGUUUUCUGCGUCUCAAGUCAAAAACUGGGCUAAGCGUCCCUUCGCAGAAAAAGAUCUUUUCAUCGUUGGUGAAGCUUAUCAGCCAAUAAAAGGCUGGAUCGAGGGAGCACUGCAAUCAGCACAGAAUGCAUUGAGUGAAGGAUGGGGGAUUGAAAAUGAUUCCCAUUUAGGGCAAGGAAGAGAAUCAAAGCAAGAUAAAGGCGACGACAACUUUGAGUUGAUUCCGUUUCCCUGA